CAGAUUAAGAGAAAUUCAAAGCAACAUCAUCCAAGACAACACCAUAUUCACCAACAUUCAACGAGUCAGUCUGUCCACAUUGGCUCGCAUUCUCAAGCGAAACCAAAUCAGCCUGAAACAAUUGUAUAAGGUGCCUUUUGAGAGAAACUCUCAAAGAAACAAAGAGCUCAGACGAGUAUAUGUGGAUGGAGUACUGGAAAUGGAUGCUCAUGCAAUCCCACAUGAGUUCAUCUUCAUAGAUGAGGCUGGUUUCAACCUAGCAAAGACCAGAAGAAGGGAAAGAAAUGUCAUUGGCCACAGAGCCAUUAUAGAUGUUCCUGGCCAACGUGGUGGGAACAUCACAAUGUGCGCUGCCAUCUCCAAUAUGCAUGGUGUCCUCCACCGUCAUGCCAACCUUGGACCAUACAACACAGGCCAUAUUCUAACAUUUCUGGACAGACUCCAUAACAUUCUCAUUCCACCAGAGUGUAUGAAUGAUGCAGACCAUGCAAGAAUCCGGUAUGUUGUAGUAUGGGACAACUUGAGCUUUCAUCAUGCAGCCCCAGUCCAAAAUUGGUUUGCUGACCACCCACUGUUUCUCGUGAAAUACCUCUCACCAUUCUCACCAUUUCUGAACCCCAUAGAAGAGUUCUUUUCAGCAUGGCGGUGGAAGGUAUACGACUGGCAGCCUUAUGUGCACAUGCCUCUUGUGCAGGCUAUGGAAGAGGCAUGUGAUGAAAUUGAUGUGGGUGCGAUUCAGGGAUGGAUAAGGCACUCAAGGCGCUUCUUCCCUCGCUAUCUGGCAAGGGAAGAUAUUGCCUGUGAUGUGGAUGAGGCAUUGUAG